AUGUUCAUUAUUUCCGAAUUCAACCCUCAAUUAAUGUCUGAUUCCGAUAGUGAAGAUUUCAAUAAUGAUGAAUUACAUGAUAAUAUAAACUCCCCCAAUCCAAAUUCAACCAUUAAUACUUCCGGUUCAAGUAUUAUAACUUAUAAAGGUCAAAUCAAAUCAUUACAUGAUGCUUUAAUUUUAUUAGAAGCUACCAGAUUACAUAAAUUACCAACUAUUAAUCGUAGAUUAUCAUCAUUUGAACGUAAGAAAUUUAUAAAACCAAAUACUAUUUUUAUUUGGAAUGAAACUAGUUGUGGAAUGAAAAGAUGGACGGAUGGAAAGAUGUGGUCUGCUUCUAAAGUAUUUAAUAAUCAUUUUUUAAUCUAUUAUGAAAAGAAUGAUAAAGAUAAUGAUGGAUUAAUUAAACAAAGUUUUUCAUUAAUAACUAAAGAUCAACAACGAUUACAUUUGAUUUAUUACUUUAAGAAAUCUCAAUUAAAUGAAAUGAAAGCUUCUGCAGUUCAUAUUAGAAAGAGAAAAUUAUAUUCCCCAUUGACAUCCGAUGAUGAUGAUGAAGAUGAAGAUUCAGAACAUCAUCAUCAUCAUCUUCAACAAGAUACACAACCAUCUAAUGUAAAAGUUCCAAGUCAAGAUCCUACUUUGAAAGAUCUUGUUUUAAGUAAAGAUGUUUAUCCUCAAAAUUUAUUAAUAGAAAUACCCACCAAUACAAGUUCUAAUGACAUAGCUACUUCUUCUCCCACUACCACCACCGCCUCCACCAAAGGCUCGCCACUUGAAGACUUACAAGAACAAACUCCACCAUCAUCUGCAUUUACUACACCAUCAUUUUCAGCUCAACAAUUAAGAUAUACUACAUCAUCUAAUAUUACUACUAGUACCACUACCCCACUUGUACCUGAUCAUGCAUCUAAUACCGCCACCAUCAGUAAAUUAGUUAGUCCUAUUCCCGUUAGAGAUUUCCAUUCAAGAGCUUUGCCACCCAUUGGGGAAGUUUCUUCUUUUAGAUCGAGAUAUAAUGGAGGUUACGAUGUCUAUACUUUGAAUGUAUUAGAUAAAUGUUUCGCUUAG